AUGGGCGCGCUCGAGGGCGUUCCCGCGCCCGCGACGUGGCGCUUCGACCGCGCGCGACGCACGGCGACGCCGCCGCUCGAACGCGCGCGCGUGAAGUACGUCUCCCGGGCGGACGUGACGUUUGAGUGGGAUGAGAUUUUUGGGCGCGCGUGCUACGCGGACCCCGCGCGGACGCGCGCGGAUGACCGCGGGCGCCCGCGGGCGGUGAUCGACGUGGGCGCAAACGUUGGAUUCGCGAGCGCGUACUUCGCGCGCGAGGUCACGGGCGAGCGCGGGCGCGUGAUCGCGCUGGAGCCGAUACCGGAGACGUUUGAGGCGUUGCGAUGCAACGCGGCGGCGCUGUGCGGAGCGCCUGGGUCGGACGACGCGGUGUGGGCGGCGCCUGGGACGUCGGAGGAUGACGAUGGAGGUUGGACGCGCGGUGGGGUGCUCGGAGACGUGCGCGCGGCGCACGUGGGCGGGGGGGGGGUCGGGAGCGGGUGCGGCGCGAUUUACGCCCACGACGUGGGCGCGGGAUCGACGGGCGGCGGAACGCUCGAGUUCACGUCGUUCCCGCGCGCGGCGGGGUGGUCGACGCUCACGGAACAUAGAAAUGACGCGGAGACGGUGCGAAAUUUGAUCGAGUACGUGUUCGACGCGCUCAAACCGUCGACGUCGUCGUCGUCGUCCGAGCGGUUCGACGGCUUGGAGCCAAACGUCGUCACGAGCUUCGGACGCGCGGUUCGCGCGUUGGUGUUGGACGACGACGACGACGACACGAAAGACGUCAAUCCGUUACGGAAACUCGUCUCACACGUCGCCGCGUUCGCGCUCACCGUGGCGGUGCGUUGCGUCGCCGCGUACAUGCUCUCUGGCGCGCGUCGAGUCUCGCGUCCGGUCGUUUCCGUCAGCGACGUCAUCGACGCCCACGGACUCGACGUCGUCGACGUGUUAAAAAUAGACGUCGAGCGGGCCGAGCUCGACGUUCUCCGAGGCGUCUCCGACGCGCAUUGGCCGCGUUUCCGUUCCGUCGUCUGCGAGUGUCACGACGUCGACGGUUCGCUCGACGCCGUCCUCCGCCUCCUUCGCGCCCACUUCGCCGACGUCACCGUCACCCCUCUCUUCGGUCGCGCCGCCCUUUUCAUCGUGCGCGCGUCGAACGCGAUCGCCAUCGCCCGAGCGCGUCCGCCGUCGUCGCCGUCGCCGCCGCGCGAGACGCCGCGUGCAUAA